GUGAUACUUGUUGUAAAAUAUAAACUCAUUUGUCGUAUAUUGAAGUAAAAUCUAUUUGGUUCAUUGAAAAUGCAUUGAAUUUUGUAUCAUAAUUUAUUUUGUCGCAUUUUGUGUUAAUUGAAAUAGAUAAUUUGCAGCUACACAUAUUUACAUAUACUAAUCAUUCUAAAUAUUACCUCGUUUUAUCGCAUAUAAGUUAUUAAAAUCAAAUGGAUCUGGACAAUCCUACGAUUUAUGGUUUGGAAACUCAGAAAAAGUUUUUGAAAAAGACCACCGCCGUUUUCACCUAGGGAUGAUAAGAAAAAAAUGGAAAUCAAUCAACAUAUAAUGGAACGUAAUGGAACAAAAAGCCAGAACUUUGGCUCCACAAUUAGGUGAAAAUAAUGAAAUUCGUUUUUUUGUUGCAACUCAAACGUUAAAGCCCCAAAAUCAAAUUCAUUUGGUCGAAUUUAAUGAAAAUUCAUUGGCAUUGAACAAGCGCAUAUUUACUCAUUCAGAAGGUGAAAUUUGGAAAAUAAAUAGUAACCCGCAUAAUUCAAGGGAGCUUGUAUUAUGUUAUAGCACAUUGAAGAAUUCUCAGAUCAUUACAAAAACGGCAAUUUAUCAACUUCCGGAUUUGACAUCGGAUGUAGAGAGCAAGGAAUUUUUGCAAUUUGAUUCGAAGGAAAUUUUGAAUACAGAUAAUUAUGGUAGUGAUAUAAAGACAACAGAAUUUCACUCAAGCGAUAAUAAUUUACUAGCUACCGUUAUUGAUGAUAAAAUUUUACUUCACGAACGUACUGCGCCAGAAACAAGGCUGGUUGCUGAAAUUAAUUCCAAAAAUGCGCCAAAAUUAACAACUGGAAAAUGGUCUCAGACACAUUUGGGCAACCAAUUCAUUGCGCUUAUUGAUUGUGAUGUGCGUUCCUAUGAUAUUCGUGAUCCAAAUCAUUGUGCGUGGUCUAUUGAAGAGGCUCACAGCCAAAUUAUUCGAGAUUUGGACUGUAAUCCACAUAAACAUUGUCAUUUUGUAACGGGCGGAGAUGAUGGUUAUAUUAAAAUUUGGGAUAAUCGACACACAAAAGAACCAGUUUUUACUCGUAACGAUCACCAACACUGGAUUUGGAGUGUUCGAUUUAAUUUCUUCCAUGAUCAGCUUGUUUUAUCUAGCAGCAGCGAUUGUAAAGUUUUACUAACAUGUACAUCUAGUGUUAGCUCGGAAGCAUCAAAUGAACAUACUGAUAAAGAAAACUUGAUACCGGAUGGUUUGCUCAAAACGUAUGAUCAACAUGAAGACUCAGUCUAUUGCGCUGAAUGGAGUAACGUUGAUCCAUGGCUUUUUGCUUCACUGAGUUAUGAUGGGCGAAUGUGCAUUAAUCGAGUUCCAAAAGAAUAUAAAUUAAAGCUUUUAAUGGACAGCAACUACUAAUUUAACAGUUACAAAAUAAUCUGAGAAGUAACAAAAACAAUAACCACAAAUAAAUUUAAAAUCGCAUGAGCAAAAAUGAAUGGGUUAGGAUAAAAGUGAGCUCAAAUUUUCAUAUAAAAAGAUCUCAAUCAUGGAAUCGGUAAAAAUAAAUGACCAACUAAACUGAGAUGAAAAUAAAAGAGCAACAUGAUUCAUGUUGGUCUUUUAUUUUCACUCUAAACAUGUUGAACUUUUAUUUUUA